ACCAUUUCAAAUUGCGUCUUGUUUUGGAAGCAUGUUACUAAACAAACCUAAAAUAAAAAUAACUCUUGGUUUUUUAAUUGGCUGAUUUAUUUGUUUGUCAGUUAUGGAUAGAGAUGACUUUGUGAGGGGGAAUAAUAGCAACAGAAAGACAAGCCGAAACAACUAUCACUGAUGAAUGAUGAUCCGUUAGAAUAUCUCUCUCUCUCGUAACUAGAAUAAACCCUUGUUCGAAAACGCGCUCCAGGUGGCCGAAAACGCGUCGGAAAAACGUGAGACGACGGCACACCGUGGCGAUUUCCAUUGAUUCGGUCAGUUCCUCGGAAUUUUUUUUAAAACGAUUGUUUUGUAGGUUUUUGAGCCCAGAAUCACAUAUUAUAUCAUAAAUCUGUUCAAUAUAUGUUUAAAUCGACAAUUAUCAACCAAAAACAUCAUAAAAUCGUAAGAAAAAGGUGAAAGACGGCUGCAAAAAUUGCAGGUGGGGAGGUUGAAGAAGAGGGUAGUUUUGUCAUUUCCCUAUAAUUAAACCUAAUUCCUGAGAAAAUAAAAAAAAGUGAUUCACCUACCAUCGAACCCGUGUCCUUUGCAACUUUAAGAGAAGGGGAAACCACUAGACCACGUUUAAACGUUGGUAUGUUUUCACAAAUUUAAUAUCUAAACCUUAAAGUUAUAUAAAUGCCCUAAAAUAAAUUCCCGAUUAAUCCCCGCUUAAUUCUCGAUUUUCUCAUUAUACGCUAGGCCCAACCCAAACGUACGAGGAACGCCUAGCGAGUUUUUGAACAUUGAAUAAACGGAAAGAAAAAAAAUAGAGUUUCAUAUUUUUUUAAAGAAAAGAAUAUAGUUCUGACUUCUGAAGAGUAAGCUUUUAAUUAACUUCAAUAUCUUCUAAUGUCAUCGGUUCCCUCGAUUUGCGAAUAUAUAUAACGUCUGUAUUUGUUCCUUGUUAACUACAGGAAUCAUAUAUAGUAGAAAGCAAAAUCCUAUUGUUAUCGUUGGAUAAUUCAGUUAUGUAUAAAAUAUUACACAAUAAAGCUAAAAAAGAAAAAAAAGUAGAUAAAAAUAGUUUUUGUUUGUGUAGGACAUUUCUCUCACACAAGAAGUUGACGUAUGUGUAUGUACGAAUAAAAUACAUGUGCACGUAAACGUGACGAUCCUUGACAAGUCUGUCAAUGAUAACGUGAAAGUUGCAGUAAACAUCACCAUCUUGAUUCUUGAACAAGAAAGAGAUUACUUUGAAUCGUGGGUGAUUAAUUAUGAGGACACUUAUGAUUAAUUACGAAGAAACUCUUAUGAUUUUAAAGAGAUAAGACUCUACUUUGAAUCUUCUAAAAACAUUGCUGGAAAAUGCGGUUUAAAAUACUGCUCCACAUCCUCCUUCUUGGGUAACUUCUUCUUCCCCUUGAACCAUCCUUUGUAGAUGCUUGUCAGAACGUCUUUUCCAUAGGAGAUCGCCUCUUCUGCGUUUCCCUUCAACCAAGUUGUAAUAAACACCAAGAGAUUGAAAAUCAGAGUUAAAAUCAGAGUUAAAUUUGUGAAAACUAAAAUUCUAAAGUUUACCGCUGAUUUUCUCCCAUGUCCUUUUUGCUAACACCUUGGCCAGAUGAGCAACUUUUCUGGCCAAGAUAACAGUACCGGUCCAGACUUAUUUGGCGCCUAAAGCGUAUUAAUAAUGUCCUUAGUUUUCAAUUAAAUUUUUAUUGUAUUUUGAUGAUUAUGUAAAUAAACAAUAUGAUAUAUUUGUUUUAAUUAAAAAUAUAUUUUAUUUACUGAUAAACUUUCAAUAACCAAAAAUUUCAAGCCAACUCGGUUCAAAUAGCAUUGAUGGUCCAUUUUGUUGAUUACUAAUCUUAUAUUUUUGGUGGCAUUUUCUAUAAGUAAAAAUAAAUGUAUGAUAUGGAAAUACAUAUGAUAAAACUAUGUUAAGAUUUCAAUAGAAAAAAAAUAUUUUAACAUCAACAUCAAAUUCCCUUUAUGAAAUACUCACAACUUAAUUUAUGAUAAUUUGUUUGUUUAGAUUUCAUAAAUUUCUAAAAGUAAAAAUGAGAUGUACAAUAUAAGAAGCAUAUAAUUUAAAUCCAUUGUUACGGUAUCUUUUGUUUACACAUAUAUUUAAUAAAUAAAUUAAAAACAGAAAAAAUGGCAAGAAGAACGUACCUAAUGUUUUGCUUAAUUAAAAGGUUUAUUUUACAUAUUAUUUAGUACAACAUUUAUGAUAAAAGAGACCAAAUCUGUUAGAAAUUGUAUGUAAAUCGUUUAAAUUUUUAAAGGAAUGAAAACUUUAAAUUGUUAUUUAUUCUACAAUAAAAGAACAAAAAAAAAAGAGGAAGAAUCAAACUCCUAACCGUUAAAUUAAAGGAUAAGUACAUAAACCACCGAGCUAAAGUUAAUUAUAUAGCAUUUGUUUGGCGCUCCUCUCAAUUCUAGCGCAUAAAGUCUUUGUUUUACGGGCUUUAUCCCAGAGCCGGGCCUGUAAGGUAAAGAUCUGUUUGAAGUGUUUAUACGAACAAAAAGAUUGUUCUUUCCGGGUUGUUUAUACGAACAACCAGAUUGAAUUCAUCCUCCAUUAUCACGCCAUCAUUCAUCCACUGAGAUAACAAGUUGGUUAACACGACCAUUUGUUGUUUCUCAUCCUCCACAAUUCUCUUUCAAGCAUCACAAACCGGAUCCCAUCACCAUCUCAAGUAUCAUUCCAUUUCCAUCACCAUUUCAUCCAGUGCCUUGAUAUAUCUAUCCAUCUAGCCAGUUUGAGAAGGGUCCAUAUUGUGCCCGUAUCAAACAUCCUAGCAUAUAUAUAUAUGAGUUUUGCAGCUUCACCUCUGCAAAUUGCUGUUUGCUACGGCCUAACCAUAUUUAGAGCAAUGUAAUUUUAUUAGGAUUCAUCUGGAAUUUGGUUUGCUUUUUGUUUACUUUUGUUGGUUUUAGAAUUUCGGUUUAGUUUUUUUUCAUUUAAUAAUAUAAAUGUGUCAUCAUCAUACACAGAUAAUAAGUUGCUUGUCUGCCUCGUCUCAACCUUAGUGGGAACCAAGUAAUUGCGCGUGGACUUGACGCUUAACAUAAACAAAACAAAAAAGUUAUUCCAAACAUAUAGGUUGGCACGAAAUAUGUCAAUUUCCUUAAUUCGAUGUAAUCUCGUCUGAUAGUAAUAUAUAUUUCUACAAAACUGACGAGUUAUUACUUAUUACAUUGCGAGAUGAAAUUGUAAAAUUUCUCACAUGUUUUAAGCCGCCAAACGUCACGAUACAUGGUAUAUAUAAGUAAGCUUAAGAAAAGCCAAGGUCGUUAUAGAUCAGGCUGCAUUUGACACGGUAAACCAGAAAGUGAAGUUACCUACAAGGCUACAACCUGUCAACAAUAGCUAAUUACCAGUUUUUAAAAUAACACAUGGUUAUCUACAACUCUUAAUAUAUUUAUUAUAUUAUAUGCUUCCGAUUGGUGCUCCUCCAUGUAGAUGGUUCCUCAAGAAAACUUCCCAAAUCAAGAGACUUGGUAAGCACUACUGGUUUUGAUAUUCCAAAUCAAUAAACAAAAACUUAUAAGAAGUGUAUAUCUAUGUGAUACUGUAUGUGCUUGCAUGAUUAAACUGUCCAGAUAUUAAAUAAUCAUUCUAAAAUCAUUUACUUUAGUAGAAUUAAAUAUAAUCUUCUUAAGCUAUAUAUACAAAAGCUUGUCCUCUUGUCUCCACCACCAACGAGGACAAGAGCUUUCUCAGUUUCUCCAUCUCUACAGACAAACGAAAGACGUUUGAAACAGAGAUCGAUGGCAGCUCUUAAGACAAUGCAAGCUCUGAUCUUUCUUGGUCUAUUGGCCACGUCCUGUAUGGCUCAAGCUCCGGCUCCUGCACCCAUCAUGGUUCUCCCACCGGUAGAGUCUCCCUCUCCUCCUCCUGCUAUUACACCAACCGCUGAGCCACCUUCUCCAGUACCGGUUGCUUCACCACCGGUUAUGGUUACCGAGCCAACUCCAGCUCCGGCGACUCCUCCCACUGUCUCAUCACCGACCAAGUCUCCAAAAACUUCCCCUGUCGCUUCUCCCCCGAAACCAGAAGCCAUGGCUCCAGGCCCAUCAGGACCAACACCAUCACCAUCUCCGGCUGCUGAAGGACCAAUUGCUGACUCAUCAUUGACUAACAAGGCUUUCCUUGUGAGCACCGUCAUUGCCGGAGCCUUGUACGCCAUCGUCUUGGCUUAGGAGAGCCUUGUGUACAUUACCCUCUUUCUCUAUCCUUUGCUUUUUGGUUGCUCUCUUUUUUUUUUUAACUUGUCAUGAUUUGUUUGAAGAAUCUUUAUAUUCUCUCUAAUACAUUCUGUGUUUCUUCCUCUUUGUUGGUGGUUUAUGUUUUCUUUUUAUUCUU